CCCACGUCGCCACCAAGAUGAAGCUUUUCCUGCUGUCCGCGUUGGCCGCAGCCGUGGCGGGCCAGACCCUCCAGGCGCAGUCCCCCAUUGACCUCCCCGCCCAUGCCAAGCCCGUCCAAAACGCCGGCAACUUUUCGAUCGCGUUCAACAAGGCCCCUGCCAUCGUGACGCACGAAGAACACACUGUCAAGGCGACGUGGUCCGCAGGCUCGGACUCGCACCUCACCCUCAACGGCAAGGCGUACAACUCGGUGCAGCUCCACCCCCACGCACCCAGCGAGCACACGAUCGGGGGCAAGCAGUACCCAUUCGAGGUGCACUUUGUGCACGCUGACAAGAACAAAAACUUGGCCGUCGUCGGCAUCUUCUUCGACUUGGACCCGCACGACAAGCCGAACGCGUUCCUGGACCAGUUCUUUAGCGGGUUCGACAAGCUGACCAAGGCCGGCGACAACUUUACGCUGUCGUCGCUCGAUCCGUCGGCGCUCCCCGUGACGCGCACCAACGUGUUCCGGUACCCGGGGUCGCUCACGACCGAGCCGUACACGGAAGGCGUCGAGUGGAAUGUGCUGCAAGAUGUGCAGACCAUGUCCAAGGGCCAGCUCGCCAAGUGGAGCAAGGUUAUCCAUCACCCGAACGCGCGCUCCGUCCAGCCGCUCAACGGCCGCGUCGUGACGUUGGUGAGCAAGGCCCAUCCGGGGUGCUAGCUCGGUGAGUAGGACUGUAAGUAAAUGUAAUCAUUCCCGUGCCAUGUUUGGACAGAGCCA